UUCUUUUCUUUUUUUAUCCUCACAUCAUUACUCUUUUUUCCUCACAUUGAAAUUCAUUUUUUUGUUGCUACAACAGUAUUAGCAUCAUUAAUUCACAAGUGACCUUUGUACAAGCACACCCACACACACACACCAGAUAUCCUUUCCCUUUUUUACAACCUUAGCAGAUAUAUCAGUGACAAAUGCUCAGGUCUAAGAAUUUGAAAAGGAUUUUGGAGCAGGCGUUGACCAGGGAUGUAUGCGUGUGCGCGCUUUUCAACGAGGAUGGCGUCGUACUUGCCCAUGCCUCAUCCCCAAGCAGCAUUGUCAGCACUGGAGGCAGGCGGGAUGGCGCUUGGCUUACCACGCAUGUGGGUUCAGGGUUGAGCGGGGAUUACGACCGGCACCAUCAGUCGCCAAUUUCCAGUCAGCAGCACCAUUUUAACUAUGAGGGGGACUCGCAUGGAAGCGACUACGGGCGCGAUAUGAGGAUGCAGCUGGGAAGGGAGCAGUUAUCAGCAGCAUCAGGACCAUUGCAUGUCAGCGGCAGCGGUGGCAAGUAUAAGGGUGUGAUCGCAGAGGGCUCGCAGAGAAGACACCCAACUGCAGCCACAUAUACAGGAGUCAUGCCCCUGCAGACAUCCCACCAGUCGCUGUCGCAAAAUUACGGGGCGGUGGGAGAUGGCCCUCGCCAGCACAGUGCCAUUCCGAUAACAGAGCCCGCGUCCUACUCAUCUUCACUCAACGACGGCCUGAUCGAAGGUUCGCCGGGUGCAAUUGCCCGCGAGAAGCUGGAGGAUGACCUGGCAAUUGCCGCAAAUUUGUGGCAGAGUUUUGAGAGCAUUCCCAGUCUGAUCGAGCGCAAAGACACCGACAUGGAUGACUACACAGGUGACGGCGCCUCUGAGAUGCAGGACGAUAUGCAGGGCAACUCGCUGAACAUGAUUAUAAUAGAGUGCGAGAACGGCAAGGCAGCGGUGACGCGGCUGGGUAGUUACAGGCUGUUUAUGCUGACCAAGCCCAACACCCCGCUGGGGCUGCUCAAGCACAAGUCAAACAACCUGUGCCGCUACUUGGAGGAGUGUCUCCACUACAACUCACCAUGAUGGCAGACGAGAGAGCGCGCGCGGUUUGCAUGCAUGGGCAGUUUGGCUCGUGUGUGUGUGUGUGG